CAGAAACGAAAAAACAUUUGCUUGAUAUUCUCUUACACAGCUGCAGCGCAGAACAUGACAACGUAAACGGGGAAAAAAAUCGGAACUUUACGGGGAGACUUCGACUCUCGAGCUAAAGAAAGAACGAACCCAACAUCGUCAAGAACCUGCUUUUUCAGUGAGACUCACCACGGUUCACGCCCCUUCAGUCUUGCCCUUUGUAAUCGCAUUCAAGGGACGAAGAUUUGGAACAUUAUUCCUUUCGAUUCGCUUUCCCAUUUUGAUAGUUUCGCGUUUUUGUCAGGAAGGCUCUGUACAAUACGUAUCUUCCUUCGCCGGCUUUAUUGGUCUCUGUCUUGUGCUCGUGCUUUCGCUUUACCCUACUCUACUUCACCGAAACUUGUGAGAGAGAUCGUCCUCGGUCUCUGCUUCUGACGUUUCUUCUUCUGGUUCUCUGCUUCAUUCUUCUGAUACACUCCUCAUUUUCUAAAAUCCCAGUUGGCGAGCAAGCUGAAGUGUUCUUUUCUUUUUGGGCUUUUGGGUGUCGUUGUUUUGGCCAUUGAGGCCGCUUCUUGUUUGUUUCCCGUGAGAGUGAAGUGCGCAGAAGAGAACAAAAGGGAAGGGAAGGAAAAAAUUGGGAUUUUUGAAGCGUAGCCUGUCGGGAGUGUCGUGGGUUUUGCGAAAUUGAAGAUGGUUUCCCGGCUGUUCGUGCUGGUGUUCUUCGUUUGCACGGCGUCGGUUUGCUCUGGCCUCACUGAUCCUCGCGAUGUGGCGGCAAUCAAUAGCUUGUAUGUUUCACUGGGCUACCCGCCCCUACGUGGAUGGCUACUUGUUGGAGGCGAUCCUUGCAGCGACGGUUGGCAAGGUGUGGAGUGUGUCAUCUCAAACAUAACGGGACUAAAUCUGAGUGGAGCCAAUUUGGGUGGAGAAUUGGGCCUCAGUUUGGACUUUGCAUCACUCUUGUCCAUUGAUUUCAGCAACAAUCGGAUUGGAGGGAGUGUUCCAUCCCAUUUGCCACGUACUGUUCUUUCAAUGUUGUUGGGCAAUAACCUUUUCCGUGGAGAAAUUCCAGACUUGUUCAAAGAGCUUACCAGUUUGGCGCAUCUAGAUUUGUCAAGCAACAACCUCACUGGUCAUUUACCUCCAUCAAUGGGAAACCUGUCAGCUGUUACCACAUUGCACUUGCAGAAUAAUAAACUCAUUGGGACUCUGAAUGUUCUAGAGGAUCUUCCCCUAGUUGAUUUGGAUAUAGAGAAUAACUUAUUCUCCGGGCCUAUUCCUCCAAAGUUGCUGACUAUUCCAAUUUUCAAAAAAGGUGGAAAUCCUUUUAAUACAAGUGUAAUUCCAUCACCAUCAGCAUCACCAGCACCAGAGCCAACCUCUGCACCUGCUCCAUUCAUAGGUGGGCCACCUUCUCAUGGCGUGCCUUCGAAGCAGGGAAAUGGAUCUUCUGCAGUGGCACCCCAUUCUGCUCAUUCAGAGGGAGGGUUGAAGGUUAGAAAUGUCAUUUUGAUAGCUGGUGUAGGGGUUCUGGUGGUCGUUGCGAUUGCAUCGCUUUGCCUAUGCUUGUGGAGAUGCAGCAAAAGGAAGCAAAUGAAUGAGACGGUCAAGAGACAUGAAAUGGGUGUAUACGCAAAUGGUCAAGGGGCUACCAAAAGCAAAGAUUCUUCACGACAGCCAAACAUAAAUUUGGAGAGAUAUGUUCCACGAAGAGCUGUUCCUGAACCUUUAGGCAAGAUGGGAGAAGGCCAUGGAAGAGCCAGUUCAAGUAACAGACAAAUGGAUGUGACCAAAACAUUGAGCUCGAGGCAGAAGAAAGACCAAGUAGGAGACGCCAGUUUGCCCAUGCAGCCUGUGGCUUCUCUUCUCGCACCACCCAUUCCGGAUGAGAAAGUUAUUGUAAAUCCUGCUGUUUCUGCUCAGCCAACUGUGCGAAAACGGCCUUCUGAGAGAGCAGUCUCUUCACCUUCGGUCCCAUUUUACAGCAUAGCAUCUCUCCAGGAGUUCACAAACAGCUUUUCUCCUGAAAACUUUGUUGGAGAAGGCACACUUGGAAGUGUCUACAAGGCCGUGCUACCUGAUGGAAGGCUACUAGCCGUCAAGAAGCUAAAGGCCACAGUUUCUGGGCAGCAGAGCAAUGAUAAAUUUGGUGAUCUGGUGUCGAGAAUCUAUAAGCUUCGGCAUAGCAAUAUUGUGGAGCUUGUGGGCUACUGUGCUGAGCAUGCUCAACGGCUACUUAUUUAUCAGUAUUGCCGAAAUGGGACGCUGUCUGAUGCAUUGCAUGUGGAUGAUGAGGUUCAUGGAAAACUUUCAUGGGCUGCGCGGAUUCGUGUUGCCAUUGGAGCUGCAAGAGCCUUGCAGUAUCUGCAUGAGGUCUGUCAGCCUCCUGUUGUAUACAGGAACUUUAACUCUACCAACAUCCUUCUAGAUGAUAAGCUCGAAGCACGAGUCUCAGAUUGUGGUCUGGCUUCUCUAAUAUCAUCUGGCUCUGGAAGUCAGCUUUCCGAGCACCUCAAUCCUAACGGUUACACUGCCCCAGAAUCUGAGUUGGGUACCUGUUCCUGGCAAAGUGAUGUGUACAGCUUUGGAGUUGUAAUGUUGGAGCUUCUCACUGGUAGGAAGUCACUUGACAGGUCACGACCCAGAGGGGAGCAAUUUCUGGUUCGAUGGGCAAUACCCCAGCUUCACGACAUUGAUGCGCUGUCAAAGAUGGUGGAUCCUUCGCUUAGCGGUUUCUAUCCCACCAAAUCAUUGUCGCGCUUUGCCGAUAUAAUCUCUCGAUGCGUCCAGAGAGAGCCAGAAUUCAGGCCACCUAUGUCUGAAGUUGUGCAGGACCUAUUGCGGAUGAUGUGAAGCGAAGUUCAAAAUCGCGCUGAUAUUGAAGUUUAUUAGGUAACUUAAUAAUGUCUAUUGCAAUGGCCUUGGAGAGGAUAAAGCCCAGAAUACUUUAAUUUUAAUCACAGUGUGAUAUCGGCAAUGGUAACUUAUCGUCUGACUCGUUCAACCGAUGAAGCGGACGUUCAUGUUGGGGUCGAAACUUGUACCGAUGUAAUGGGUGGCUUUGCUAAAAAACUUAAGAGAUAGAUAUAUUGUGCAGUUGAUGACAAGUUGUAAUUGUUUGGUUCUACGAUUCUUUUCUUGUGCAGCA